AAUGUUCUACCACAGUUCAACCAGCGCAGCUUUGUCUCGCGACGAUUAUAGAAGAACUUUUCCGAAACAAGACUCUACCAAUUCAAGAGAUUCAUACCAGACUCCACAAGAUGUCGCUUAUAUGGUGAAAAAGAUUCGAGCGGAAAAAAAAUCGACAGAUGGCAUAAAAGAGCCAUUACCAAGAGCCAAAGUGAGCGGCGGCAGCCGGGAGAUAAAUUUCAACGAUAUGACAAGCGAAACAGAGGGAGGGGAGAGACCUCUUAUCUACUACCCUACUCUUUCAACUCCUCUACCGGAUCCGUAUACAAUCUUAAGAGCUAAACAACUCAAUAAAAGGGUCAUAGUGAACGUUGGAGGGGUGAAACACGAAAUGUUAUGGAAAACUCUCGAUCGUAUGCCGCACACUCGUCUCGGUAGAUUAAAGUAUGCUAAUACUCACGAUGCAAUAAUGGAAUUGUGCGACGAUUACAGUAUUGUGGAUAUGGAAUUUUUCUUUGACAGACACCCCAGGAGUUUUGCCUCUAUUGUCAAUUUCUAUAGGACUGGUAAACUACAUUUAGUUGAUGACAUCUGCGUACUAAGCUUCAGCGAUGAUCUUGAAUAUUGGGGCAUAGACGAAUUAUUUUUGGAAUCUUGCUGCCAGAAUCGUUUUCAUCAGCGAAAGGAACAUAUUUUUGAAGAAAUGAGAAAAGAGGCGGAAACUUUAAAUGCUAGAGAAGAAGAAACUUUUGGAACAGGCAUUUGCUCAAAAUGGCGCCAAAAAGUCUGGGAUCUAUUAGAAAAACCUCAGACAUCGACAGCAGCUAGGGUAAGUUUGCGAGAGAUGGGUAUUGAUUAUUAUCAGGAAUCUCGCUUGGUAAAUUAA